AUGGUUGCCCGUUUUGUUCCAUCGGCGAUGACUGUCCUCGUGGCCCGUAGAGGCCUAGCAAUGGCUAGCACAAGGCGUGGCUGGCGAGGACUCGCAGUGAACUUGAAGCCUGCCGCAGGUCGACAAUGGCGUCAGGCGUAUUCCACAACGCCGGUGCGACAGAAUGCGUUGCACUCUGAGAUAGAGGCUCAAGCAGCCUCACCAUUCGCUGCGCCAGGUACCCGAGUCCAGAAUCCGCAGACUUUGACCGAGAAAAUCGUGCAGAGGUAUGCGAUUGGACUUCCGCCGGGCAAGAAGGUCAAGGCCGGCGACUAUGUUACCAUCUCGCCGGCACAAUGCAUGACUCACGACAAUUCUUGGCCCGUAGUAACCAAGUUCACAUCUAUCGGCGCUACGAAGAUUCACAACAACCGGCAGGUAGUCGUGACCUUGGAUCACGAUGUUCAAAAUACGAGCGAGAGCAAUCUUAAAAAGUACAAAAAUAUCGAAAACUUCGCUCGGCAACAUGGAGUUGAUUUUUAUCCGGCUGGUCGAGGAAUCGGCCACCAGAUCAUGAUCGAGGAGGGUUACGCGUGGCCAGGGACGCUCACGGUGGCCUCUGACUCACACUCCAACAUGUAUGGAGGUGUUGCUGCCCUGGGAACACCCGUCGUGCGGACGGAUGCUGCGAGUAUCUGGGCAACGGGACAAACGUGGUGGCAGAUUCCCCCUAUCGCCAAAGUCACAUUCACUGGCGUGCUGCCGCGGGGCGUCACAGGGAAGGAUGUUAUUAUUGCGCUAUGCGCGUUAUUUAACCAGGAUGAGGUGUUGAACCAUGCCAUCGAAUUCACAGGCUCAGACCUCACGCUCAGCAGCCUCCCCAUCGACGACAGGCUCACCAUUUCCAACAUGACUACCGAGUGGGGAGCCGUGGCUGGUAUUUUCCCAAUCGACUCUACACUGAAAUCCUGGCUCCGCGCUAAGGCAACGGUGUCGGCCAUGUUGAACCCGGAUCUUGGCGGCAAGGCUCGAAUUACCCACGACAAGAUAGAGGAACUGUUCCGGGACCCCCCGAAGCCGGAUCUAGGUGCAACUUACGCCAAGUCUCUAUACCUCAACUUGUCGACGCUGUCACCUUUUGUUGCUGGCCCCAACUCGGUCAAGGUGGCCACGCCAGUCAAGGACCUAGAGGCACAAAACAUCAAAAUCAACAAGGCCUAUCUCGUCUCUUGCACGAACUCGCGCGCCUCCGACAUUGCUGCGGCCGCCAACGUCUUCCGGGAAGCGGCCAAUGGCGGCCCCAUUCCCAAGGUCGCGCCCGGCGUGGAAUUCUACAUCUCCGCCGCUUCCCUCCCGGAACAAGAGAUUGCGGAACAGGCCGGCGACUGGCGCGUCCUGCUCGACGCCGGCUGCAUCGAAAACCCCGCAUCCUGCAAUGCCUGCAUCGGCCUCGGUCGCGGCCUCCUACAGCCCGGCGACGUCGGCAUCAGCGCCUCCAACCGCAACUGGAACGGCCGCAUGGGCAGCCCCCAGGCCAAAGCCUACCUCGCCAGCCCGGAAGUCGUUGCCGCGAGCGCGCUCAAGGGGGAGAUCGCCGGACCCGGCUGGUACGAAAAGCCCGAGGGCGUUGAGAAGGUCAUCAUUGGCGAGGGCACCGGCGAUCUCGAGGCGGACCGCGCGGUGAGCAUCGCCGAUGCGCUGGAGAGCUUGGUUGCCCAGGCCGAGAGCAUGAUCUCCUCGGCCGAGAAGAGCUUGGAGAGCAGCCCGGCCGCGGCCACGGGCGCCGUUGGAAAUGCCAUGGCGGAUGCGACCGCGGACCAGGCCGGCGAGGAGGGCCUCAUCGACAUCCUCCCGGGCUUCCCCGAGAAGGUGUCGGGCGAGAUUGUGUUUUGCGACUCGGACAAUAUCAACACCGACGGCAUCUACCCGGGCAAGUACACGUACCAGGACGACAUCACGCGUGACACCAUGGCGCAGGUGGUCAUGGAGAAUUACGACCGCUCCUUUGCGUCCCUGGCCAAACCCGGGGAUAUUCUCGUGGCGGGCUUCAAUUUCGGCUGCGGCAGCUCGCGUGAGCAGGCGGCCACGGCGAUUCUGGCCAAGGGGAUCCCGCUUGUGGUGGCGGGGAGCUUUGGGAACAUCUUCAGCAGGAAUAGCAUCAACAACGCGCUGAUGGGGGUGGAGGUGCCGAGGUUGGUGAAGCGGCUAAGGGAGGAGUUUGGGGAGAAGGUGCCGACGAGGCGCACGGGGUGGCGGUUUGAGUGGGAUGUGCGGAGGAGUAAGGUCACGGUUACGGAGGGCGAGGGCGGCGAGACGUGGAGCCAGAAGGUCGGGGACCUGCCGCCGAAUGUGCAGGAGAUUAUUGCGGUGGGAGGGUUGGAGAAGUGGGUAAAGCACCGGAUCUCUCAGGCAUGA